UACACAGCAACUCAGGACGAACGAAAUGAGCUGCCCCAGAGCCGCUACAAAAUGCUGGAUGGACACCUUCUCCUGGGAUGGUUAUCAUUUACCAUUAUAGUGCAUCUGAUCAGCCUGCCCGGACCGAGCACGGCUUACUUCGGGCUGACAGGUAAUGAACCCCUGUCCAUUCUGCCACUGACCUCACAGCCAGACGAAAGGGCGGGAAAAUCGCACUACAAGCUGUGUGAUCGACUCAAACUGGAGAAGAAGCAGCGCAGAAUGUGCCGACGGGACCCUGGCGUGGCCGAGACGCUGAUGGAGGCGAUCAGCAUGAGUGCUUUAGAGUGCCAGUACCAGUUUCGCUUUGAGAGAUGGAACUGCACGCUGGAGGGCCGAUACAGGGCUAACAUUUUAAAGAGAGGCUUCAAGGAGACGGCGUUCCUCUACGCUAUUUCUUCAGCGGGCCUCACCCACGCCAUGGCCAAAGCCUGCAGUGCUGGCCGAAUGGAGCGAUGUACCUGUGAUGAGGCUCCGGACCUGGAGAACCGCAAGGCUUGGCAGUGGGGAGGCUGUGGAGACAACCUCAAAUACAGCAACAAAUUUGUCAAGGACUUCCUGGGUAAGAGGUCAAACAAGGACCUCCGUGCCCGGAUAGACAUGCACAACAGCAAUGUAGGAAUGAAGGUGAUCAAGACUGGGGUCGAGACCACCUGUAAGUGCCACGGCGUUUCGGGCUCAUGCACCGUGCAGACGUGCUGGAGGCAGCUGGCGCCCUUCCACGAAAUUGGCAAGCAGCUCAAACAGCGCUACGAGACGUCGGUCAAGGUGGCCAGCUCCACCAACGAGGCCACCGGGGAGGGCGAGAUCUCCCAGAGUCGCUCCCAGAGCCAGCAGCCCCCCCAGCCGGACAUCCCCCGCACCCCAGAUCUGCUACACAUCGAGGACUCGCCCAGCUUCUGCAGGCCGAGCAAAUAUUCGGCGGGCACGUUGGCUCGUAAAUGCUACAAGGACAAGAACUGCGAGGCCAUCUGCUGUGGCAGGGGACACAACACCCAGAGCCGGGUGGUGACCAGACCGUGCCAGUGCCAGGUGCGCUGGUGCUGCUAUGUCGAAUGCAAACAGUGCACACAAAAAGAAGAGGUUUACACCUGUAAGGGGUAAAAAAAAAAA